AUGUAUAAAUUAACUACAACAACACGCCACCAAUCAAGAGGUGGCAGCCAUUGGAUUAUUUUAAUACUACUAACAGUUUCAUUAUUAUGUGGUACAUCAAUAUCACAAUCAUUAAACCAAGCAGAAUCUGAUUCUGUCACAUUCAUAUUACAACAAUAUGGCAUAGCAAUCAUACCAUCAUUGAUAUGCCAAACACCUCAGUACUUUACGUGUUUAUACAACACUUCAGAUGAACAAUACCAUCUCACUCAAAUUAUAUUUGCGGGUUUAGGUGCUUAUGUUAAUUGGGGAACACCAACUUUACAAUCAUUAGAUCUUCCCGAAUUGAAUACAUUUAAACUCGUUCAAAGUGUUGGUCGACAAGUAACCAAUCCAUCUAUCAAUAUUCUGGAAUACCUCAAACCCCUCAAAUCAUUGCAAAAUAUAUACAUUGAGAAUGACCCAACCAUCACCUAUGUGCCUCCAGACUUUACCGAUUUCCCCAGGUUGAGUUUGUUCUCUUUGAAUAGUCCGGGCUUGACUUCUCUUCCUUCGACACUUUUAAACAAUUCGGCAGUGUCCAUUCUUCACAUCUAUUCGCCAGUCCAAUCGAUGAUCAUUGGUCCCACACUCUACCUUCCUCAACUAUCUUCUUUGAGAAUCACUGUAAAUUGCACUGGCCCAUCACAUUCCAUCAAUAUCACAUCUAAAUCAUUUCCUAUGUUAAUGUCACUUGAUUUAUAUACAGCUGAAAAUGCAAACAUUACAAUCCAUCAUAAUUUAAAUCGUCAAUUCUCCAUAAUUUGUUUGGGUAUGAGUUUGUGGAAUCCUGGUCAAUGUAAUUUACGUAUUGGCAAUCCAUCCGUUAUUACAACUUUAGCAUUAGCAGGACCUAAUUCAACAUUUUGGCCUGCUCCUAUUACAAGUACUACCUAUCCAAUUCUAUUCCACCUAGUAUUAGAGAAUAUGGGGUUAACCAAUUUCCCAAUUGUCGGAUCCUAUCCACCUUUGUUGUCAAUUUUAAAUCUAAGAUAUAAUCGACUUUUAUCUAUUCCAUUUAUACCACAAAGUUUGAGGCAAUUAGAUUUGGAUGGUAACGAUUUAACUACAUUGGAUUUGGCAAUGAUUGGGUCUCAUACUGGAUUGGAAGUUUUGAGGGUCUCAAACAACACACUUUUCGUUGGACCAAUCACAGAUGCCUAUUGUGCACAUGAACUUAAUGUUCUUUAUACUCUUGUCGAUUCAUUACCAGAUUGUUUUUGGUGCUACAUCAAUGCAUCUUUUGUCGGACCUUAUGUCCAAACCUCUUUAACAUUCCCAUCUAAAUUUUAUUGUAAUGUUACAAUUGAUAAUGCUGAUAAUAUUAUAACAAAUAAUGGAAAGUAUAUGUUGACAGGUCAAAAUUUAGGAUUCGGUAAUGAAGAAGGAAAUGUAAACUAUACACUUUCAAAAGUAGUUGCAAAUAGUAAACUAGAGGUUGCUUUUAAAGUUUUAUCAAUGAUUCCAACCAAUUUUACAUUGAAUUUGGUUCCAUAUGACACUGAACCACAAAAACAGAUUACAGUUGUCGAGGGUGGUGUUGAGAUAGUUUCUUUAUCCCUCCAAACAUUCAUUAAUGGAACCUCUAACGCUGUAACGUUUAUUUUCUUAAAGGUCACCUUUAAUGGGUAUUUCCUUCAUUAUGGACAGGUUGACUCUCGCAACUGCAGCUUUUUCAUUUAUUUCCCACCAGACCAACAGAUGUGCGUCAUGAAUGAUUUGACAAUCGGGUCUCACAGCAUCACCUUUUUCAACGAUCAUUACAGCACAUCAAGAAAGUUUGACGUGUCACCUUAUCCAGUACUCAAUUCGAUCAGACCGUUGCCUACAACGAUUGGAUCAAUGAUUACAUUGUCUGGUAAUUUUGGACCCUCUCAAACAAACAUUACCGUUAAAUUCAAAAGUGACAAUUCAGUCGUUUCAAUAUGCACAAUUGCAUCGUUUACACCGUCGACUAUUGUCUGUCAAGUUGCAUCACCGUUGAUAGAUCAAAUAGAAGUGGCUGUUUCAGAUGGUAUUAAUACUGGGUCAUUACUAGUCACCAACCAAUACAUUUGUCAACAAUCAACUGAUUAUUGUCAUGGUAAUGGUCUGUGUAAUACUGUCGGUCAAUGUGAUUGUAAUAGUAAUGGCUAUUAUAAUAAUUGUUCAAAACCAUAUCCAAUCAUUUCAUCUGGUAGUUAUAAUGCAACCAACAACAAAAUGGUUACUAUUAAUGGUGAUUUUGGACCUAAUAUCGACUCGAUUGAAAUCAUAUCAAUUAAAAUUAAUAAUACUUUGGAUUGUACUGUAUAUAUAAAAUCACAAACAUUAAUCACUUGUGAUUUGGAGAAAACACCAAACUAUGGAUUAUCAUCGGUACAAGUACAACUUGAUUCUUUGAAUACAAGUGCAAAGAAUGUUUUAUAUCUUAGACAACCCGAUAAUGGAGGUAAUAAUGGUUUAACAACAACUGCUACAACCACUUCUGGAGGAUCAACACCAGACACACCACAACAAUUAUGUGAAAAACAAACAUCAAAUUGUUAUGGUCAUGGUGUUUGUGAUGUAAACGGAAAAUGUCAAUGUGAAGAUAACUAUAAUCCAGAUGAUGAAUGUUUUACAAAGUUUAUAAAUACAACGAUUACACCAAAUACAACAUCACCAACAGUAUCAUUUGAUAUUGAUGGAAUUGAUUUCCAAUUUGAAGUGGUAUCAGUUCAAGAAUUGGAUUGUGAUAGUAAUAUUAUUAAAGAAUUAUUUAUUUCAAAUUAUACUUGGAUUGUGAAUGCAUCAACCAAUAAUAUUACAACUAUUGUUGAUUAUCAAUUAAAUACAACCCUUCCAUCAUCCUCCUCUUCAACAGACAUUAAUAGUAUCCUCUUCCAAUCAGUUAGUGUACUAUCAACGAUAUCAUUCUCUUCAAAACCUAGAGACAUUCAAUUUGGAGAUCAAAAACUUCACAUCAACCCAAAUUCCAUAAAGUUGGCAAUUAAUAUUACAAAUUGGCAAUAUUCAUCCAACUUGGCAACACUCAGAGUUGUAUUUAGAACAAUCAUCAUCAACAAUCAAACAGUUGAAUAUGAUUGUAAUGAAAAAGAGGUUGAUGCAUUAUCAUAUGAUUCAUUGUCAUCAUUGCAAUACCUCAGAGUGAUCAAAGAUGAUAUUCAAUUCAAUGGUAGAUUUAUUGAUGUUGCAUUGUCAAAUGGUCGACCAACCUAUUCACAAACACAACUCAUAUCAUUGACACAACCAAGUAGCAAUGAGGAUGAAUCGAUUGCAUUGAUUGGUAUCAACUUGCCACAAUGUCAAUCAUGUGUUCUCGAUCCUGAUUUCUCACCAUUAUUAAUCGACAAGAGUAAUGACAGUGGAUGUGACAGUAAAUCAAAUAACUGGAGAAUCAUAGUUGGUGUGGUAGUUGGUGGAUUUGGCGCCAUAGCCAUUACAGCAGCAGCAAUCAUCGCCAUCAAAAAGACACAAGCCAAGAUCAGAAUCAACCAAAAAAUGCAAAUGAAACUUCAAGAAAUGAAUUAG